CAGAGAAACAUGAAAACUCGGGUGCAGCAGCAGAUAGCAGCGCCAGCAGCAGCAGCACCAGCAACGAGAGGGGCGCUACAACAAUGCUAAUUCCCGAGACGCCAGUCGCCGAUCGUGCAGAGAGCUGCUACCGCUGGGCACUCGACACGGGUUGAGAGGGGAAAUUGCAGCUUUGUUGACCUGUCGUCGCCGCCCACCCUGGGUUCCCAGGACCAUUAUCAGCGCAGCUGUGAGAAUGGAUGAGGCGUCGCCGCGUGAUGGCGCCGCGCCUGAGCCUGUUGUGAUUCGGUUCAAGAACAGCGAGUUUAAGAUAACUGCGGCAAAGUACAAGGAUCCCAGCAAGCACCCGUACAUCCUGAUCCUUGAUUCACUGGGUAGCAAGCACCAGACGACGUUCAAGCUGCUGCGCGAGUACAUAAACUCGGAGAUUGAGUCUCGCAGUCCCCCCGCUGCAGCAGACAGCAGCGAUGCAGCAGCCGAGCCAGCACCGGAGCGUCUUCGGGUGACUGGCAGGUAUGCAAUGGUGCCACUGCAGACCAACAUGUGCGAUUGCGGAGUCUUCGUGCUGCACUACGUGGAGGAGUUUCUGCGCGAUCCGCAGACGCUGCUGGCGUUGGCAGUCAACAAUGUGAGUCUGCGCGAGUGGUUCGCCCCCGGGCUUAUGCGGCAGAAGCGGAAGGGGAUGCUGGACCUGGCCACGGACCUGGCGAGGGCGUAUGCGGAGGCGAAGCAGUGUGGGGAGAAUGGGGGCGCUGCAGCGGGAUCGACGAUUGGCGAUCUGGGGACGACCCCUCCCUUGCUGGCCGAGCCCAAGCAAGAUGGUGCCAUGGGAACCGGGGAUUCUGAUGGCUCGAUGGCGACCGCCCUGGGUGACGCGGCGGCGGCAGGCUCGGCUGCAGUGUCGGCUGACGCUAGUGCCGAGAAGAGCGCAAGAAAUGGCGGCCCCGCCCCUGACGAUCUGCGCGAUGCGACCGCUGCAGCCGCCAAGAUUGGAGCGGAGAGCGAUGAUUUCCAGUAGAUUAUACAGCUAAUGGAGGUCCACAUAUCGU